ACAGUUUAGUGUUUGUAAUAGAUGAUACGUAUUCUAUGACCAGAGAAAUAAGACAAGUGCGAGAUGGAGCUCGUAAAAUAUUGGAUGUAAUUCUUAGUAAGCGGUCCAGUCAAAUCGAAGAUCUUAUACACAUAUCACUUAAUGAUCCAGAUGUAUUAGUUAAUACAGUAGUUAAGUCGACUGAUCUCGUUCAUUUCGAGGCUUCACUAGCUGCAGUAAAAGUCCAUGGUGACGAUAACCGUGAUUGGCCCGAACCAACCCUCAGAGCCACAAAACUUGCUCUAGAACAGUGUUUGCCUGGUUCAGAUAUAUAUGUAUUCACGGACGCACCGGCGAAAGACUAUAUAUUAUUUGACGAUGUUGUUAGACUAUGUCAAAAAAAACAGACUCAGGUAGUUUAUGUAUUAACAGCAGAUUUCGAAGGUUAUUAUAAUUAUGAAAACGUUAAAGUUUUUUUCAAAAUAGCGCAGGCAUGUUCAGGACAAGCAUUCAUUAUAAAAAAGAAAGAAGUAUCAAAAAUUCCUUCAUACAUUACAGAGACUGUUAAGGGAACAAAGAAUAUGAUCACUUCCAGACAAAUAGCACCCAACAAAUCGACAAAUAUUACAUUCACCAUUGAUGAUAAAACUGAGUAUGCUCUUAUAUCCUCAUCUGGAAAAGAAAUACAGCUAGAAGUAAAUGGACCAAAUAUCAAAACAGAACGUAAUAUGUGGACAUCGAACGUUAAGGUGUUAAAGUUGAUAAACCCCAUAGCUGGUGACUACACCGCGCAGGUAUGGUCUAGUCAAUAUGCAUCUUUAUAUAUUUUCGGUCGGACUGACUUCACAUUUGUGCACGGAUUUUCGGAAUUAAUACCAAAGUCAUUACAGGACACUAUCUCCCAACCAAUUAGCGAAAUAAAGACCGCUCAGAUCCUAGACAUGGACGAAAAUAUAAUUAAAGAAAUACCACUUAACAAAGUUAAUGAGGAUAUGUAUACCACUGACGCUCUUCUGUGGCCUACAUCCAUGUUCAAAGUUGCGAUAAUUGGCACAAGUGAGAAGACAGGUGGACAUAUUAGAAGAAUAGCAAAUACGCCAAUAGAAGCCCAAAAAUAUACGCUACCAGAAAACAAGAUUCCUGUGGCAACUAUUAGUGAAGGUGCAAAAACAGCUAUUGAUUACAAUAGUUCACUAUUGUUGACGUGUAGAGUUAGUGCAUAUCCAUCUCCAAACAUCGUAUGGACUGACAACCAGGGGACUAAGCUGAUAACAGAGAGUUCUGCGGUUGAAUUACCUUAUAGCUACAUAAGUUACCUACGAAAAUCAAAUAUAAAGCUUCCUGGAAAAUAUUUUUGUUUUGCAACUAACAAUCAAGGAACAAGUACCACAGAAAGUAUUGACGUAAAUAUUAAUUCACCAUUCAUUGUCGAAGACCAUGAUGAAGGGGUCAUAAGAAUUGCAUAUGGAAAAGACAUAAUUGUAAAAUGCACUAUUACAUCUAAAUUUCCAAUGAAAAUUACAUGGAAACAUUAUGACCAAAUUAUACAGAAAUGGAUAGAUGUUGUACCGAAGGAUGGAAAAUAUUCUAUUUCAGAUGACGAAGCGGAACUAAAAAUCCUUUCAAUAGAUCUAUACCAGGAUGGAUAUUACAGCUGUAGUGUUAUGCUAAAAGAUGAUGGUUACAAGGGACCAACGAUAAUAAAAACUGUUCUAGUUACAAAUCUUAUUAGACCUCUUUUUGACAAAAAAGGUGGCAAAAUAGUAGCGCAGCAGAACGACUCAGUAAUCAUAUCGUGCAAAGUCCGCCUUGGUAAACCUAAGCCGAAGGUAGAAUUAAUAUAUAGGAAUGUUAAUUCAGAUACCUAUAAAUUUAUAAAUUUAACAAACGAUGAAUUAGUUAUCGAAAGUGCUGGUUUACGACAUGCUGGUCGCUACAAAUGUAUGGCAGUAAACAUUGCGGGGCGCGAUGACGCAGCAACCGAAUUGUUUGUGGAAGGUGCACCUACUAUUAUCAAUAUAAAAACAACUAUAAAUGCAGUUACUAACGAUAUCAGUUUAAGAAUACCAUGCAAAGUCGAGGGAUAUCCAAAACCUGAAAUCGCGUGGCAAGUAAACGAAACUCAAGUUAUAUCAGGAGAAAAAUUCGUAAUCGAUGAUUAUUAUCUUAUUAUUAAUAAUCCUGAUAUGAAUGACACUAACUAUUAUAUCUGUACGGCAACCAACAAGAAAGGAACUGAACAAAAAAGGUUUAAGGUUCAAGUCAAUCCUAAUCUUAUUUCCAAUGAUACAUUUGGCAAUUGGCGUGAGAUAUUUCUAACAACAGAAAAGGCAAUGAAUUUAAGUUGCUCAUUACCAAUAUCUCUUUCUGAUACUGUAAGGUGGUUUUUGUUCCAAGAUUAA